AGACCCGCCGGCUCGCUGUCACCGCGGAACAGAGACGAACCCGUGGGGAGGAAUCACCGACGAGAACCGGAGAACUCUCCUAGAACUAUCCUAGAACACUAACAGGAGAACCACCCGACCACCGAGCAGACCCACAGGGAUGACCAGGACCCACAUCUCUCCGUGUUCACCUCCAUCUUCCUCGUAGUCCGGUUCCUUCACCUCGCCGGACCCCGGGAGCUCCGUAGCGGCUCCGCAGCGGCUCCUCUCCGGCCUCCAGGGCUCCGACACCCCGGUGCUAAGAGGCUAACUGGGCUAAGUGGCUAACUAGCCUGCCCUGUGUGGUAAAGUGAAACCAGUGAGAACCACAGAACCUCCCGCAUGGCGUUGAUCCUGCUCACCAGGUCCCGGGCACCUCUCAUGAAAACGUCCCGGUCUCUGAAGAACGAGUUCCGGAAAGGGGCACGACAGGAUGGUGUCUGUUUCAGCUGCACAUCCCUCAGACUCUCCAGUCACAUAUUUGAUGGACGACUCGGCAGUUUGACCCCGGUCUCUUCAUUCAGUCCUUUCCUCCCGGGGUCCGAUGGAAGUGUGGGCCCCUCCCAGAGCUUGGACUCACUGCGGCCCUACUGCGCUCUUGUUUCGGGGACCUCCCCCUCGAUACACCCCGCCAUCACAACAGGAGCCCAGUGGUCGAUAGUGCGCCCGCAGGACAUCUCCGGAGUCCGGUGGAUACACACCUCGAGGAGGAGAUGGGACGAUUCCAAGGUGGAGAAGUCACUACGUUCGAUAAAGGACAAGAAGAAGAUGGAGGAGGGAGGGCCGGUGUACAGUCCCACGCUGGAUUCAGAACGUGUGAGAAGGUCGGUCCGACAGUGGGUCGUGGAUGAAGUCAAGCACUACUACCACGGCUUCAGGCUGCUGUGGAUCGACACCACCAUCGCUGGGAGACUGCUGUGGAUGGUGCUGAACGGAAACGUCCUGUCCCGGCGCGAGAGGAGACAGUUUCUCAGAACGUGUGCGGACGUCUUCAGACUUCUUCCCUUCCUGGUCUUCAUCAUCGUCCCCUUCAUGGAGUUCCUGCUCCCCGUGGCUCUGAAGCUCUUCCCCAACAUGUUGCCGUCCACCUUUGAGACACAGUCCAAGAAGGAGGAGAGGUUAAAAAAGGAGCUGAGGGUCAAACUGGAAAUGGCCAAGUUCUUGCAGGACACCAUCGAGGAGAUCGCCCUGAGGAACAAGGCGGCCCAGGGCAACGUGACGGAGGAGUUCUCCACCUUCUUCCAGAAGAUCCGUGACUCCGGUGAACGUCCCAGUAAUGAGCAGAUCAUCAAGUUCUCCAAGCUGUUUGAGGAUGAGCUGACUCUGGACAACCUGACCCGGCCUCAGCUGGUGGCUCUCUGCCGCCUCCUGGAGCUCCAGUCCAUCGGGACCAACAACUUCCUCCGCUUCCAGCUCAUCAUGAAGCUGAGGAACAUCCGUGCAGACGACAAGCUCAUAGCCGAUGAAGGAGUGGCGAGUCUGAACGUGAACGAGGUGCAGGCGGCCUGUCGCGUCAGAGGGAUGAGAUCUCUCGGAGUCACAGAAGAUCGACUGAGGGAGCAACUCAUCCAGUGGUUGGACCUGCAUCUGAACCAGCAGAUCCCCACCUCCCUGCUGCUGCUGUCUCGAGCCAUGUUCCUGCCCGACACGCUGUCUCCUGCCGACCAGCUGAAGACCACGCUGCAGACGCUGCCUGACAUCGUGACCAAGGAGGCCCAGUUGAAGGUGGCGGAGAUGGAGCUCUCCAAAGUCGACAACAAGACCAAAGUGGAGACGAUGCUGCAGGAGGAUGCGGUCAUACGCCAGGACAACAAGGACCGGGAGAUGGAGAGGUUGGCUGACGCUGCAGAGAAGGUUGCCAGGGGGGAGCUGGAGAUGGAAGCAGAGCGGAGCAGGGCAGAGGCAGCGAUGUCCAAGGCUGACAUGGCCGCUCACUCAGAGAUCCUGAGAGACACAGCACCUGUCAUAGAGGGAAUGAAGGACGAGGAGAUCACCAAAGAGGAGAUUGACAUGUUGGGCGACGCCUGCUCCAAGCUGAAGGAGCAGAGGAGGCUGUUGACUCUGGAGAAAGAGGAGCUGGAGGAGCUGAAGGAUGACGUCCAAGAAUACAACGAGGAUCUGGAGGAAAUAAAGAUGGAGCUCUUCAAGAGCGGCCAGGAGAAGACGGUGGAGGAGUCCAAGGCGAGCCGGCGUCUGGGGAAGAGAGUGAACCGGAUGAUCGGCCGCAUCGACCACAUCAUCCUGGAGCUGGAGAAGGACAAGGUCAUCCUGGACGGACGGGUGGAAAGUGGAAGCACCCCACCUGUUGGAUUUUUCUUUGCCACAAGUCUGUUCUACACCCUCAGGGAGAACCUGAUCAGCAUCGACGAGCUGAUCAACAUCAUGCGGCAGAUCCAGAACAUUCCGGAGCACAAGCUGCAGAGCAUCGCCGAGGCGCUGGACGACAACAAGGACGGGAAGAUCGACAUCGACGACGUCAUCAAAGUGGUGGAGCUGAUUGACAAGGAGGACAUCGACAUCUCCACCUCGCAGGUGACCGACAUCAUGGCCAUGCUGCAGAAGGAGGACAAGCUGGUGGAGAAGGAAAAGGCCAAAGAGAAGGUGGAGAAGGAGCAAGCAGCCAAGCUCAACUAAUUCAAAAGUUCUAAUUUCAGUUUCCACAAAAGAGAGACUUGUGAAAUAUGAUGUUGAGAAGCUUGGGAGUGAUCCCCGGUCAAACCCUGGACACCAGAUGGAUCUGGACCAGUGGAGUGAAAGAGUCACAAGGUAACAGCUGCCUUCUUAAAAGGUCUUUCACCGUAAAUUGAGCUCCUACGAAAAUGUCUAAAAAUGUAAAAAGAAGACGUUUUAAAUUUAUGAACCGAGGGAACAGAAUGACAUGACACCACAGUUGUUUUCCUAACAUUAAAGGAAGGAAAUUAUCAAAAGUCAUAUAUAUUGUAAGAUAAAGAUAUUAGCUGAUCCUUCGAUAUUGGAGUAUUUUACUCCCUAAACCGGCCCCAGAAACACUGCUUUAGUCGGCUUUAAUAUAUGAACUAAACUUUGUGGUGAACCGUCUUUGCCUUUCAUUUCACUCAUGUCAUCAGCACAGAGAAAUGAGAUGAGCUCAUUUCUAAAGUUUGCACAGAAGAAAAUCAUUGCCGUCAUUCCACUCAGUUUAUUCCCUUAUUGAUUUUGUUUAUCCAUCAUAAUCCCGUGUUGUCACCUGUUGUUUUCUCUGAAUUGUACCUGGACAGGCAGAUUGUUGCUGGAUAUAUACGAUGUUUAAAUGGUGGCUGCAACCAAAGACCUCUUUAGAUACGACAUCCAAAUAUAUUAAAGUUCAUUCAAAAACAUCAAAUUAUAGGUAGUAAGGUAGAGCAAUUAAAGUAGAAAAUGCUAAUUAUCCAUUUUAAGAAUAAGUAGCUGGAGGUUUCAUCAUUCCCCUCCAAAAUAAAGUGUUGGAGUUUCGUCUACAAAAAGCCAAGGACUGAAGUUAGAAACGACCACAUCAAUAAUACAAAAUGACUGUACUGUAAUUUAUUUUGAAUUUGUACUUAUGACGUGAUGAUAUUUUGUCUGAGCUCUUCGUGUUUAGUCUUGUGUUCGACGUUAAGCUCUUUAAAAUGCCAAAGUUGGACUGUGGCACAUCAAAUAAUCAGAUUUGGGUUAUUUCUAAAAAAUCCACAAAACAAGCUGAGACUGUUUUUAUGAUGGGAUGGAAACAUCGGUACUCGUGGGUCAGACCACUCACACACGCACACAUCUCAUCACGCACAUCUCAGCUACACAACCGGAAGGUUUGGUGACUGCAACUUGCACAGUUGUGAUGCUUUUUGUGGUAAAAGAGAGACACACAAACUCCUGCUGAAGUCGUUUUCUCCAGGACCAAAAUGACUGAGGAUCACAGUCAGUGUCACCAACACAACAAACCAAAUAUCGGUGGUUCGAUGCCGCGGCUCGUAGAGUUCCAUGUUUUUCUAGUUCCAGAGACUAGUUGUGUUUGGUUUGGCGUUCGUCUGCUCGGAGCGUGAACGCGUCUUCGUGUGACUGUUGUUAAAUUCGAGUAUUAACGACCACCGUCAUUCGUCAAAGUGACCUUCUCUUGACACAGAUAUUAAGGAUUAUAAUCUGCUGUAUGUGUAUUAUUUUUUUUAGCUUUGAUUCUCUUUGAACUUGAUGUAAUAUAGUAUUUUGGGUUGAAGACGACUGGAUGAAUUGAUUUCUAGGAACACGAUGAGUCAGCUCUUGUGUUGUUGUUUUUUGCACCGUUGCCAUGAAUGUGUGUCGAGUGGAGACAGGUUUUCCUCUGGAGGAAGAUUUCAGAUCAUAUUUGAUUCGUUAAAUUAAUUUCCUUAACUUGGUUCCCACUGCAAACAGCUCAAACUUCAAUUAUUGAGUGUUUCCAGAUCUAAUUUCAACUGAUCAUCGUUUUUAUGUAUAUUUACAGUUGUAAUGGUACAAGAAACGUUGAUCAUUUUUGAGAAGCACAGCAGAACUUUGGUUUAUAAAGGAGAAGCUGUUUGUCUUGUCGGCUGCAGCCUGAGGGUCGGUUCACCUUUAUCUGCUGAAUUGAAUCUGCUGAUCCUGAGUUUUCAGGUGUAAACAUGGAUGACCGAGUGGUACCAGAGAUAACGCCCAGCGCACGACCCGCCGCUUAAUCUGUUCCCGGAAUCCGCCCGUGAUGAAGAGCUUGCUCGUCUUCCAUCAGACACUUUCCCGGUACAGAGAGGGCGACCAGUCAGCCUGAUGGGCGCAGGGUGAACACUCGCCCCACACAUGGGCCACAGCCACUGGAGGGUUGUGUUUGGAUUGGAGACGUGACAACUUCUCGAUUACACUCGGCAGAGGAGAGGGGUGUUCGUGUCCGUCUGACAGGUCGCGCUCGGGGGAGCUGCGUGCACACGAGCAGCACUGCCACUGUUUGUCGGAAAGGGGGGUGGGGGUCAAAGGUCAGGAGGAGGAGAAGUGGCAUGUAACAGGGUAACUAAGAGCUCAGGGCUGUCGGUGAAGAAGGGUUUGAGAUGAACUGAAUGCGUCAGCGUUCUUUAAGUUGCUUUGUGGGACAAUCAAAUAAAUAUAUGCAUUCAAAUAAUCUUGUGUAAUUUAACGUGUGUUGAGACAGAAGAAACAGUUGUUGUUUCCGUGACAGUUUUCCAGAGUCAAAGAUUAAAAUCUUCCUCAUUCGACUACAAACCAAUGAGUUAAUGAGUUAAGAUGUUUAAAUCUUCCUCGAACCCCUUGAGUCACCGGAUCCUGAUUCCUUCAGAGGGAAGUUAGUCGGCACCGAUUGAGUAAUUGUUUUAACGUCAGUUGAAAUAUAUAUUUUUAACUCUAGAAAGCCAGAACUCCACAAUAAUUAUUUUUAUAUUUUUCUCAAAAUGUAAAUAUACAGUUAUGGAUUAUUUCAGCUGCACAGUUGGUGAUGUAUUUUAGUCAUUUCCCCCCAGAUUCUACCAGGAUAUGAUUAUUAAAUAUGAGUAACUCGAAAAAUGCACUCACAAAAUCAUCGAGGGAAAGAUCUCAUUUUGAUAUAAAUAUGCAACAAGCCAGUAACUGAUUAGAGACAAAAGGAGACGUCUCAACCUGAUUGUGCUGCAGUGAGGAGUCGAGUUCCCCGGCUCACCACCGGGGGCAGUGUUGCACUGUGUCGUUAGAGCUGCUGCUGUCUUUAACAAGAAGAGGAGAAGAGGAUGGAGCUGGUAGAAGAAGCAUUCAGACAGUGAGAUUAAAUCAUGUUUCCUUCAUGUUUGAGUCCAGCAGGAGGAUGAGCGUUGAUUCCAGCUCACUGUCUGUAUUCUGCCACUUGGUAGAUGCACUAUUUGAUUUAUUUUUGAUACCGUGGGUGAGUGUGUGUUGAAGGUGAUUGUGAUCGUGUUGUGAUCGACGACAACAAACCGUCCUCAAGGAUUCCUGUCGAGUGGUGGAGCUUGUGGAGCUUGUGCACUAGAAGAACAAAACAUUUAAAGCAAUAAGUUGUAUAUGCAUCGUUUUCUGAGUUUCCUUUCUGUCUUUUUGAGUCAGGAGAGGAAUUGAAUUUGUCAAAAUAUAUAUUGUAAUACAUGUGAUUUAGAAAAUGAAAAGCCUGCUGUGGGCGUGGAAGUGGAAAACAAAGCACAGAGGGUUUCUCGUUCUGCUUCUCGUCUUGAUAUCAGGUCGAUAUUCUGCUGAUUUGGGAGCUGACGUGCUUGUAGUUGAUUGUAUUAAUUUUUAUUUUUUCGAGGACAGAUGAACCCACUUUUUUCCCUUUUUAAGUACUUUGCACUCGUCCUUUUUAUCCCGAGAGAAAUGAUUUAGUUUUGUAGAAUAUCUGAAAAGAGGAGGAGUGUCGUUGCGGUUGAGGAUCAGUGGAGUUAAAGAAGAAGCACAGAGUUUCUCUCGGGUUCAAAACAAGUUCCUCGAAACUGAAAAAUGAAAUCGUUGUAGAAAAAAACCUAUGAACAAAGACAUGAGACAUUUAGCUGAAUCUUAAAUAAAUGUGCAGCCACCAUCAUUUCACAGGAAAGCUGCUCUAACGGAUUGUUCAGACCAGAGACAAAUAAAGAUGGACGACCCGUCUCCGCCCCCUUUCCACUAUCGAGAAAUGAAGCCACAAUAACUCGGAUUCUAACUCGAGCUUCUUGCAAACAUCAGUGUUAUCAGAACAACCUAAACCACCAUAAAAUGUGCUUAUUGUUUGGUCCAUGUCCCGUCCACUCGCAUGGAGGAGGCGGCCAUCGAGCUGCUCUGGCUUCACUUCUGGAGGAGUUGUCGUAUCGUCCAUCUUUAAUCUCAGAGUCUGUGAUUCAGACAGAAAGCUAACGAUGUUUCGCUGUAAGCCACCGCAUCUGAUUCUGUCUGAAUCGCUGUCUGAGGAAUUGUCAGCGUAGAAAUGUAAAAGUUUGUUUGUGUGAUAUUAAAACUCAAAUUGAUCAAAUAACAAAUUGAUUUUCCUAAAUCAGGAGAAAUCUCUCGCAGUUUGAAAGGUGAAGCGACUUGUUGCAGUUUAAUCUCUUCACUGUUCAAAAAAUGUUCAAAAAUUAAAAAUAUAAUACGUCAUUGACUUAAUAUUAGAUUUCUUCUAUUGGGAGUUUUUUUUUUGUUUUGAGAUAAUUGUCGUGUUAUUUAUUUAUUUAUUUUAAAUCAGAUUUUGCAAAGUUUUGAGCAGCUGCACAGGAAACAACAGGAACUGGAUUUAAUCUCAGUUUGAACUUGAAUCUCAUCAUUUUUCUUUUGUGUUCAUGUAACGAAAAAAACAUUGACAAGAAUUAAUCCUACGUGUUGAAUAAAAAAAACGAUUGAUCCUGA